GUUCAGUUAUUGGAAAAGACUUUUUUAAGCUUUUUCUCACAGGUCGUCCAAAUGAACUGCUACUACCUCUCCACUGUUCCGCACUUAACAACUUUACGCUCCAUUAACAGCCACGCCACCAGCAGAAGCUUUGUCACUAAAAGAACAGGGCUUCAAAUCAGAGCCAUGAGAGCCGUCGUCCAGCGAGUUGCCUCUGCUAGCGUCGAGGUCGACGGCCGUGUCAUAUCGGAGAUAGGACCGGGCCUUCUCGUCCUUGUUGGCCUUCACGAGUCCGACACCGAGUCAGAUGCUGAUUACAUAUGCCGUAAAGUAUUGAAUAUGAGAUUGUUCCCAAAUGAAAAUACAGGCAGGGGAUGGGACCAGAAUGUUAUGCAGAGAAAUUAUGGAGUUUUAUUGGUCAGUCAGUUUACAUUGUAUGGGAUCUUGAAGGGAAAUAAGCCAGAUUUCCAUGUAGCAAUGCCGCCGCAGAAAGCAAAACCUUUCUAUGAUACACUAGUUGAAAAAUUUAGGAAUUCUUACAGGCCAGAUGCAAUAAAAGAUGGUGUGUUUGGUGCAAUGAUGAAGGUUAAUCUAGUUAAUGAUGGACCAGUGACAAUGCAGCUUGACUCAUCACAAACAUCUAAGAAUACAAGCGAGGCAGGAGAAGAACCAAAAAUUGGUUAGGUGGCAUGUUCAUUGAAUCCACAGGACUACAUUUUCAGAACUUUUGAGGUCCAUGGCGGGAUGCCAUUGACAGGCAAUGAUUCCAUUUGAAGCUCUCUAUUUUGCAAGCAUUUCAAUUGCAACAAAGUAAGAUCUUGAUGCCAAUUCUGUCAACUGAAAAUACAGCAUUGUAAACCUUUUCUAAAACCCUUAUCCUAUGCCUUCAUUUCAUUACAAAAAAAUUAAUUAGAGAAAGGCUUCUGUCAUUUUAGGGCUACAAUUCCAUUCCACAGAAGCAAGAUCAAGUGUUUUAAUUACAUUGCAAUCUUGUGAUUCAUAAUUGAAGUAUAAACAAGAUCUAGUCUAUCUAAUGCCAUUUGAAAAUGGUAGUUCGAAC